GGGCUCUCUUCCCACAUCUUGAGUGACCCAGCAGGGAGAGAGUCGACCUUUGGCAUUCACUGGGACAGAAACUAAACUUGUGUAUGGAAGAAUCACAUGUUCAGGAAUGUAAAGUAUUUCAAUCCGACUCCCAUUUGGUGAGCCUGUACUUUUGGGUGCAGGUUGAUGAGGCCUUUGAGGACUAGAAGCUGGGAGAGAGAAAGGAGGAGGAGAGAUCUGUACUGUGUGUUUCUGGGACGUAUCACAUCGGGAAGUAGGCGACAACCGCCAUGGAGUCCCUCGAUCCCUCUGCUCUCCCUGGCGCAACCACAGCUGUGACCUACGACCCCAAGUCAGAGACAGUCACCCUACCAGGAGGGAUUGUCUCCGUGACGGGCCUCACCAUGGUAACCGGUGGCGCUGAGCUCUCCUGUGGCUCCUGUAUGCUGGCCUUUGGCAUUUGGGGAACUUUCAUUGGCGUAAGUGCAAUGGCAGUUGGACUUUGGCACCAAUCAAUGAUGUCUGUGGGUCGGAACUCGAACCUCCUGGAAAUGGGAUUGGUCAUUCUGGCCAUCAGUUGUGGGGUGGUCGGUAGUGUGGUGGCGCUUCGCUAUCUGACGAGAAGACAGAGAGAGUUAAGAAGGGCGGAGAGGGAGGAUGGGCGGGUGGUGCUGGUGGGGGACAGUGGGAUAAGUGUUCUAAAGAAAGUGACUGUGUAGGAGAGACACGCGGUGUUAGGGCGUAAGAACUGGCACUGGCCGUAAGUCCACAGUAGCACUGGACACGCGGCCAGAUACCUUUGCUGUAUGAGAGAUAGCGAGAAAGCUAGCUCCAUGUUGACGCCUCUCACCACCAUGAGCCAAUGUGUGUCUCCAUCUGCUGGAGGGAGUGUGUGUGAUCAGCCCAGAAAGUUAACUGACAAAAUACCGGCACCCCUGAGCAUGCGUCACAGCACCCCAGGGUGCCACGGAACCCAUUUUGAAAACCCCUAGAAUAUGGUAUAUUAUUGAAUAUUAGGAGGUUUACUAUACUGUUGCUUAUCAUAGAUGUCUUGUCCUAAGAAUUUCAGUGCCCAGUCUGACCCUGUGUUGUUCUGUGCAUCUGACAGAAAAAUACAAUGUGUGUCUCCAUCUGCUGGAGGGAGUGUGUGUGAUCAGCCCAGAAGGUUAACUGACAAAAUACUGGCAGUUAUACUUAAAAGUAUCUUGUAUUGGACUGUAUGUGCCAAAAAUUUAAUAAAUUGCCAUCUAAACAAUUACUUCUUUUUUGUUUUAUCAGAGGAUGUCAAAUGUUAUUUUGAAAUUUAAUACAAUAUCUAUUAUAAUUUCUGAAAAAAUAUAUGCGUGUGUGUUUGUAUUGUAUUAAAGUAUUUGCAGCUGG